AUGUACCGAGUAACGAUGCAAUUGACUAGCACUCCCUGGUUGGAACCGACCGUAGGCACACCCUGGGAAAGGGUGUCCGCUAACACGACUUUAAUUGGAUGUCUGUGGAUCACUACCUUUCAGUUGUGCCUGCAAUCGAUAUCCGGUCGCAUGCCACUUGCCCAGCGCGGCAAUUCGCUUGCAGAACGACCCCAAGAGACCUUCGCGACGCUAGAAGAUUCUGGGGAGAAGCUGACCCUGAUUACAAUGGCCGAUUCGAACCGAGAAACCUCUUCCGUUAACCUAACCACAUUCUCACAGCUGCUGCAUGCCAAGGGAGAUCCGUCUAAAAUCUCACGGCUGGGCAGAAAGAUUGCCAAAAGUACCCUAACGGCCUACCUCCGUAAAAAGAUCGACCAGCUAUAUGAUUUGGAAAUGAUGCUACAACGGAAGAAAAAAAUACAUUCUCUCUCCCAGAACAACUUGCCGCGCUUGGCAAGACCCUAUUUUCAUUCGGAUGUCUUCAAAACCAGGUGGAAACUCUCCCUUUCUUAUACGAUCUUAAUAAACUUUGGCUUUGACGGAAAGGCCCACAUCCUGUUCAGCAAUACUCACUGGGACGAUUCAGGAAUAGAACCGGCGAACACAGAGUGUAAAAUUGAUGAAAUAUACGACCCUAUUAACAAGAAAUGCCGACUGGUAAUUUGUGACGCGGGCUACGAAUUCAUUGAUGGCUUUUGUCGAAGCACGAUGGGUGGCAGUUCAAAUUUAAACAACUUCACACCUUCACCAGAAACGACGCCUGUGGUUGCCGACAUAGAAGACGACAUGACACUGAUCAUUUUACAGGCGAAUGUCACCUUUGCAGAUUAUCUCACAACGUUGACCCCGGAGUUUAAAAUACUAAUGGUCGAGUCACUGAGUGAGCUUCUCAAUAUAUCGGCUGAUCGAAUUAAGAACUUCACGGUCGAUAUUGUAGACGACACAUCCCAGCCGAACAGAAUCACUUUCCACAAGAUACAAAGAAGGCUCUUCGGAAUGAAUAUUGGUUAUUCUAAUGUCGGUGAUGGAUCAUACGAAUCGACGUCUGUUUCUGAGAAUGGAACCAAUUUUAAGACUAAAACUGAGACACAGAUAAAUCGGACAACUGAAGAAAAAAAUGGUAAUUCUCUACCGGAUAUUCCUUUAGAGAUAUCAUUCGUUUUAGUUCCGCUGAACGCAACAUCAAUUGGAAAGAGUGUAUCGACCAUUGUGCAGCAGAUGGACGAGUUAGUGCAAAACAAGGAAUUCACGUUUAACGUCAACAAAACGUCCCUAACCGUUGUCGGUCUGAAGAACGAACAGGAGCCGACUACCCUUGACGCGUGGUGCGAGCACGGGGUGAAACGCUAUUAUACCGGUGACCAGUUCAGCAUGAUCGAUGUUGAAAAUCGGCACGGUGGACAGACGACAGAGAUGAUCUACAUCAACGAAACGGGUUCCUUGUAUGGUACUGGAGAGUUUGACUUGACGAUCUUUGUCCGCAGCGACAUCGGGAAGGACAACGCGAACGUCACCGCGUUCGUUUUUGUCUGCGAUUCCCCUAAACUCAAAGACAAAUCCUGCGGGAGGAUCUCUUUAGACAACGGUGAAUAUAAAAUCCUUCCAAACAUGUCGGUGACAUUCGGCAAGCACCUUCUCGGCUUAAACGAGUACCAGAGACUCGAUGACGGCAGGAUUGUCAUUUGUAUUCCGUCUACCAUGAAGUCUCUGGAUUUUGUUCCAAAGGAUUGUAGCAACACCAACCAUAACCUAGUGAUUGCCCAAGUUGCUCUCACCUUGAUUUUUGGAGUGCUUUCCCUAGUUGCUAUGUUUGCAGUGUUGGUUACAUACACCUUGUUCCCGAAACUACGUAAUAUUCCCGGUAUCAAUACGAUGAACUUGACUAUCGCUCUCUUCUGGGCCGAACUAAUAUUUCUUUUGUUCGGUUCGGUCGAUUCAGAUGUUGUCUGCACUACGGUAGCAAUCUCCCUGCAUUAUUUCUUCCUCGCUUCCUUCUUCUGGAUGAAUGUGAUGGCGUAUGAUCUCUACUGCACAUUCGGUCACACAAACAUCCUCCCGUGGCCAAGGAGCAAAACAAAACUCAUUCCCCGCUACCUGCUCUAUGCCUGGGGAGCACCCGCCCUCAUCGUCGGCGCCUGCGUUACUAUCGACUUUAGCCACGUCUUUCCCUCUGUAAGGGUUGGCUACGGCAUGUCCGAUACAGUGGACCUAUUUUACACCGGGGGCAACAUGACAAACACGGAACCAAACGGAACUCACUCUUUUCUGCAAGACGGCGGCCCCAGAAGACAUAUAUAUAUAUAUAUAUAUAUAUAUAUUCGAAUAUUAUUAUCUAUUAUCUAUCUAUCUAUCUAUCUAUCUAUCUAUCUAUCUAUCUAUCUAUCUAUCUAUUCAUAUAGAUCUACCAAGCAAGAUUAUCUAUCUAUCUAUCUAUCUAUCUAUCUAUCUGCCUCUACUCAUAUCUAUCUAUCUAGCUAUCGAUCGUACCUAUGUAUAUCUAUAUAA